GCGGUACCAGCCGUGCAACGUCAUCACCAAGGAAAGACUGACAUGCCGCUGUCCGUAGUAACAGAUCACACCCGGCGUAGUGGCCGUCAUGUACCCAGUCACUGGCCGCUCCUCAGAGCCGCACUCAUCUAAGGAGAAGAGACCAGAACACCAUCGCAGUCUUUGAAGCAGGCGAGGAGCGGGCGUGGCUUUACAGAGAGGCGUGGCUGGAUCUAAGGCGUGGUGAUUGAGUUGAGUCGCUGGUUGGGCGUGUCCAGUGGCUGCGCUUGCCGGGGUGGGCGGGGCGAAGCUGGUCGGGCUGUCUGUGGUCAGUUGAGCUGGGCGCUCCGGGCGGUGUGUGGCUGAGGAGGGAGCGCUGGAGGCGGCGAGGAUACACAGGACGGAGCCGGGGGAGCCUGCAGUGGGUCUUUGAUUUCUGACGAGUAGAAGAUUUGAUGUGGCGAAGUGCCCAAAAGAUUAGAAGAUGACGGACGAGGUGGUUGUGGUCGCCAAGUUUGACUAUGUGGCCCAGCAAGAUCAAGAAUUGGACAUCAAAAAGAAUGAGCGACUCCUGCUUCUAGAUGACUCCAAAUCCUGGUGGCGGGUGCGGAAUUCAAUGAACAAGACUGGCUUUGUGCCCUCUAACUAUGUAGAGAGAAAGAACAGUGCCCGAAAGGCCUCUAUUGUGAAGAACUUAAAGGACACAUUGGGUAUUGGAAAAGUGAAGAGGAAAACGAACAUGCCUGAUUCCUCUUCCACAGCAGAUGAAAGCUCAGAUACAGAACGUCUGUAUGACCUUAACAUGCCAGCUUAUGUUAAGUUCACAUACGCAGCUGAAAGGGAAGAUGAGCUAUCUUUGGUGAAAGGCACGAAGGUGAUUGUAAUGGAAAAGUGCAGUGAUGGCUGGUGGCGGGGCAGUUACAAUGGACGUGUAGGCUGGUUCCCCUCCAACUACGUGACUGAGGAGAAUGAUAGCCCCUCUGGUGACCAAGUAGGAACUUUGUCGGAAAAAUUGGCAGCAGUUGUCAACAAUCUCAACAAUGGUCGUUCACUCCAUGUGGUCCAGGCUUUGUAUCCUUUUAGCUCAUCCAAUGAGGAAGAGCUUAAUUUCGAGAAAGGCGAAAUGAUGGAUGUGAUUGAGAAGCCAGAGAAUGAUCCUGAAUGGUGGAAAUGCCGAAAGAGCAAUGGUCUAGUGGGUCUUGUACCAAAGAACUAUGUCACUAUAAUGCAGAACUUUCAGCCCAGCUCAGGCUUUGAGCCAUUGCCACCUCGCUGUGAUUAUAUAGGGCCUUCUGUCACUGGACGCUUUGCUGGCCAUCCGUGGUAUUAUGGAAAAGUUACACGGCACCAGGCAGAAAUGGCGCUCAAUGAACGAGGAAAUGAGGGGGACUUCUUAAUCAGAGAUAGUGAAUCUUCGCCAAACGACUUCUCUGUGUCGCUGAAAGCUCAAGGCAAGAACAAGCAUUUCAAAGUACAGAUGAAAGACAAUGUGUAUUGCAUCGGCCAGCGCAAGUUUGCCACCUUGGAGGAAUUAGUAGAACAUUACAAAAAGGCUCCAAUUUUUACCAGCGAGCAUGGCGAGAAACUUUAUCUAAUCAAGCCUUUGUCUUGAGAGCAACUCGUGGGAAGUGAGGGGUAAAACUCCAGGUUAGGUGCAUUCCCCAAAAGACUGGACUCGUAUAGACUUGGUAACCCCACUAGUGAACCAAAGGCAUCUCCUGGCCCUGCUGAGAAGGACAUUACCUGUAUUGUUACCUUUCUCUCAUUAUGAAUCGGAUUAUGCUAUCAUUUUAUUUUCUAUUUGCUUUACACACUUCCACCCCUGUACAUCUCCCUCCUUAUUUUCUACAUUCUGCCUUAUUAUUGUAACAUAUCAAAGACUUGUAUCAACAACAUGUAUCUUGUUAUCUACGUUUUGGGCUUCUGAGUGAUGGGAUUGUGGUUUACCAUCUGACAGCAGAACUCCACAAUUCCAUCUUUGUGCUGCUUUUAGUGUUGUCCACUCUGUGCUUUGGGACUGUGAAUCUGAAAGGUGUGUUGUGGCCUGGACUGAAUGCUCUUUUCACUGUGGAUUUAGCCUUGUUCUUCGUCGCACUUGCUGUUUAUCAGAUAGGCACUGUGUAUGACUGAUUUGUCUCCAUCUGUUCCUAUCCAGGACAUUUCAUAUUUAUUUGUUUACAAAAUGUUCAUUGCCUUCCAGGUUAUUUGCAUAUUCAAAUAUUUAAUACACCCACAUACAAAGUAGUCAUACCAAAUGCUGUAUGUUGACCUAU